GAAGAAGAAGAAAAACGUUGCAGCAAAAAGUGCCCGCUUUUAUUUUGUAGGCCUGCGCGCCUGACUUCCGGCCUCCAUCUUGAGUUCGUCCAGCUUGACGCCGCGGCGGUAACCGACCGGGAGGAGAGCGGAUCAAUCUGGAGCCUCGGCGGGUUGAUCGGCGGCUGAUCGGGAUUAUGCGGCGACACUGACUGCUGGAUCGGCGGAACCCUCGGUCUCCUCAUCGCGUCCAUCAGCUGUGACGUGGCCUCAGUCUCCAGGCGUUAGUCUGAACCCGGCCUGUAUGCAGCCUGCCCAGGGCCCGGCCUAAUUCCUGGUGCUCCUUCUCUCCCACCACCUCCUCCCUCCUUUCCCCACCCUCCUCCCCCCCCUUUCCCUCCAUCCUCCCUCCUCCCUUCUCCUCCCCCCCUCCCUCACACACCGACCCCCGGCCCGGCAUCACGCAGACCGACUCCCAGCGUUUAGUCUGGACCGGCGGCCCGGCUGGCGGCCCUCACAGGUGGAUGAAUGAAGACCCCAUUCAAGAGCCCAGCGGCCCCGCGGCCCCCCCGAGCAGACGGGGGACAUUCAGGCGUUUCUGCAAACAUGAUGAAGAAGAAGAACUCACACAAGAAGCAGAGGACCAGUGUUGGUCCCAGUAAGACUCUGGCUCAGCCCAGAAGGAACAUCGUGGGCUGCAGGAUCCAGCACAUCUGGAAGGAGGGCAGUAAGUCGUCCCAGUGGAAGGGGACGGUCUUGGACCAGGUCCCCGUCAACCCGUCCCUCUACCUGAUCAAAUACGACGGCUUCGACUGCAUCUACGGCCUGGAGCUGUACAGCGAUGAGAGGGUGGUGGGCCUGGAGGUGCUGCCCGACCGAGUGGCUCCGGCCCGCGUGAGCGACUCGCUGCUGGCGGAGACGAUGAUCGGUAAAGCGGUGGAGCACAUGUUCGAGACGGAGGACGGGCCGAAGGAGGAGUGGAGGGGGAUGGUGCUGGCUCGGGCUCCGAUCAUGACCGCCUGGUUCUACAUCACCUACGAGAAGGACCCGGUCCUCUACAUGUACCAGCUGCUGGACGACUACAAGGAGGGAGACCUGCGCAUCAUGCCCGACUCCAACGACAGCGUGGCGGCGGAGCGGGAACCCGGCGAGGUGGUCGACAGUCUGGUGGGCAAACAGGUGGAGUACGCCAAAGAGGACGGCGGCAAGCGGUCGGGGAUGGUCAUCCACCAGGUGGAGGCCAAGCCCUCCGUCUACUUCAUCAAGUUCGACGACGACUUCCACAUCUACGUCUACGACCUGGUCAAGACCUCCUAAGACCAGAAGACCUGGUCCAGGAACCACCCCCCAAAAAGACUUACUGAGACCUGCCGAGACCAGAAAACAAAAAACUCCCCCAGUGAAGAAAAACUACAGCUGGCGUUCAAAACAUCUGGAUGACAUCAUUCUUUACUCGUUCUUUUAUGAAACGCCUUAAACACAAGAACCCCCCCCCCCCCCCACCAAGACAGGAAACUACAACCAGCUCCAAGUCUUCAGGUGUCUCCGCCCAUCUGUCCUCCAUCAUCAGUGUUCUUCAGACCCUGUUGGGACGCUUCCUAAAGGAGACCAGCGGUCCCGGAUUACUGGACCAACUGAAACCUCGUCUGUUAAAUUAGAUUCUGGAACAAUAAAAACUCAAAUAUAUAAAUCUGGUUCAGUUUGAAAAGUGAGAUCUGCGAGGACCCGAUCCUGAGAUCCUCCAGGUCCCCCCCGACCCAGAUAUCAUUUCCAUCUCCAGAGUCAAAGCAGGUCUGGAACUAUUUAAGUAAAACAGAAAGACCUCCUCCCCCCCCUUUUCCUGAAACCCUGUCAGACCAUUAGAGACCUCCGUCGUCAGAGGAGGGGGGGCGGACCGGUCUGAGUCUGCCGGGGUUAAUGAAGGGACGGGACUUCAGGAAGACAGAGAGCUGAACCAUCGUCUGUCUCCGUCUGUAUUUAUAGAAGGUGUACGUUGGACUACGAGGUCACACUGGUGUCCAAUCACAGAGCAUUUCACUGACCCCGCCUCCCUGCAGGUCACCUGUGACCCCGCCUCCCUGCAGGUCACCUGUGACCCCGCCUC